AUGGCCAGCAAAAAGGCAAAUGCCAACUUUACCUUGGCGACCAGGCAAAGCAUUCCAACGAGAUUUCGAUGCAAAGUCGGCGGCGAAUGGAAGUCUCUCGAUGAGUUUUCUAAGAAUCAACAACGGCUCAUCCAGAUCGACUCGGCUGGCCGACAUCGCAUCGAUGCAGCCAACUCUGGAAUGACUUGCCGAGAGCACUCAUCUGGCCAACGUACAGAAAUGACAUGCGAAAUGUGUGGCCUCGUCAAGCCCUUGUCUGAGUUCAGCGGCUCCAGCAAGAGAAAUGCCAGUAUUAAUUGCAAGAGAUGCACUGCUUGGGUUGAAACCCAGGAGCCAGAGGUUGUGCCUGCGCCUCUUGAGACUGGCCACAUUUCUAUCGAAGAGGAGCGCGGAGAAGCGUGGCCAGCCAGGUUUAUCGACAGCUCCGAUUUCUUUUCCGACGAUGCCUAUCCUCAGGCUCCCGUUACUGGACCGUCAUCUCUUGGCCUGGAGGAUGGCGAAGUGGCUUCCAUUUUUGGUGCCUCUUCCGAGUACUCUGCUUCCGAGGUGUCGUCGAGCCGCGCUCUCCCUCCUCAUCUGAGAGGCUCAGUUGGCCAAGAGAGAUUUCCUCUGACACCUUCGACCGAUGGAUCGCAAGCGUCGAACAGACUCUCGUUUGUACAGCAUCUGCCUCCUCAUCUUCGACCUCUGAUGCAGCAAGGCCACCAACUAGAUGCCCCGUCCGACUACACGGGCAAUAGCGAAUUUGGUGAUCAUCCAAGCAGCAUUUCGACGGCUACGACGACGAGGGAGGCCAGAUUUGGAGCCAAACCACGCCGGGUGUCUUUCAAUGCCUGGGACCCAAGCGGAAUACAGCAUCGAGCCUUUAAAUCCGCUACCAACAGCUCAGCCACAGGAACCUCGCUCGCGGGUGAUGAAGAAAACGGCUCUCAAAACCCAACAGGCCAGGCCAAGGGCAAAUGGCCGACCAUUGCACGCAUGUCCCAGACAGAACUGCGCCAGAUCGGCACGAACCACCAUAUUGCGGCUCGAGAAGCUGGUCCUGUGAAUCACCGCCCGGUGCAGCACGACACGACCAGGUGCUGUGAGCCGGAUGAUGACGACGACGACGAUUUCUAA